AUGCCGACUCCGACUCCACAUCACCCAAUACCGGGAAUCAAUAAGGACGAACCGGAAUACCAAUUGAACGAGACCGAAAAUUCGGCGUCAGAUACAAUUGGCAUCAACCUCGCACAGAGUCAAGAGGUUACCCCUACAGGUCCACUUCCGCCGCCAGAGAUUACCAAUAGUAUUGAAGUCGACGAAAAUGUCAUCAAGGUAUUUCCCGACAAGGAAGCCAAGAUAUCGGCGGCGUUUGGAUACGGCAAGUCACACUGGGGCAUAACGGCAAAGAUUGAAGUUGAGCUUCCAAAUGGACGACAGCGAAGCUAUUUCAUGAAGGCCAUCAAACAAAGAGAGCUCGGCAUGGUGAUUUGCGAAGGCGAGCUGAAAAGUCUGCAAGAAAUCCACAAGACGACUCCUGGUUUUUGCCCUGAGCCAUAUGGCUGGGGACAAUUCGCCAGCGACCCCGAAACGUACUUUGUACUGGUUGAGUUCAGGAGUAUUCGGGAAAGUCCGGCCGAGUCCUCCACGCUCGCAGCCAGCCUCGCCCGGCUCCACAGCGACUCUAGGUCUCCGACGGGCAAGUUUGGCUUCGGGAUGCGGACGUGCCACAUCCGGAUCGACCAGGCCGUCGACUUUUGGUCAGAUUCGUGGGCGGCCGUGUACGGAAGCCACCUGCGUCAUGUCGUCGAGUUGGCGAAGCCGUUUCUCAAAUGGCCCGAGUUCGACAUCGUGGCCGAUCUGACGGUCGAAAAAGUAGUGCCCGUGCUCUUGCUUCCGCUACAAGCCGAGGGGCGGACUCUGAAGCCGUGUCUGGUGCACGGUGAUUGUUGGGACGGCAACACUGCCACGGACGGCACGACUGGCGAGGCCUUCAUAUUUGAUGUGUGUUCCUUCUACGCUCAUAACGAGUACGACACGGGCAACUGGCGGACCCCGAGACAUCGCCUUAGUCGCCCGGAGUACAUAAACGCUUACAAGGAGCUGAUGCCGCCCUCGGAGCCAGUUGAGGAAUGGGAAGCUAGAAACAUCCUGUAUUCUCUACCAUUCAACCUUGGGAAUGUCAUGUUUGUGCCCAAGUCUACCCAGCGACAAGUUGUCUACCAGGACAUGAUAAAUCUCUGCAAGAUGUUCUGCCCUCGAGAUUUAGAGCAAGCUAUGGCAAGUUUGGGCAAUGGCUGUGAAGGGGAAAGCAGAGGAAAGGGGUCGAGUCCAUUCACGGGUGCUGGCGAGGAAUAUGAUGAACAAGAGGAGGAGGGGGAUGAAAAAGAGAAGUUGUGA